CCCAUACACGAUUCCGAUAUUUACCGAAUUUCCAAGUGUACCGAUAACCACCUAUAAUCUCUCGUACGCGACAGUGCAACUCCUGUGACAGAUGAUGGAUAACCAAUCGGAACGGUUGCGAAAAUGGAAAAACCUGCUGAAAAAUUACAGGGCAGACCACGAAUAUCUGAAUAAAGUAGGAAAAUCGUGGAUUCUCAGCGAGGGAAGGUCGACCGAAACCGAGCGGAAAAUUAAAGAAGCUCUAAUUCACACGGACAAAUCGCUAAACGCAAUAAAGGAGUACUUCGAACCUUAUUUGGAGACGAUGCAGAAGGAGAUCGAGCAUUUAAGGGUAACAAACGAGAGUGGCAACGAGUUAAUCCACCAAAACGAAAGGCUCAAUUAUGAAAAUGUUCAGUUGAAGCAGAAGCUGGAUGGGCUGGAGGCAAUUCGGAAGGACAAUUUCCAAUCGAUUAUGGAGAGAAAGCAGGAACAGUUCGACGAAACGUUUAAAAUUCAAAAUGACCUUAUCGGCAACCUGAGGGAGCAGCUGGAGCAGAAUGCCAAGGAAAUGCAAACGUUGAGGCAGUUAAAUACGAAUCUUAAAAGCACGAUGGAUGAGAGGGCGCUGAUUCAGACCCAGGAAUGUCUCUUACCAGAAGCUUCGAAUAUUAUUGGGUAUCCCACGCUUCCUCUCUUAUAAUUUGUAUUUUUAUGUUAUUAAACGUUUUUUAAAGGCU